CUCCUAUUUGGGGCUGGCACUACUCAGAGAGGAGAGGGCACAUCAUGCUGCAAUCGCAAAUGACCAUAGGCUAGGCUGAGCACUGGGAAAGGGAGAAGCAUCGACUGCUAGAGACAGGCAAUUAGCCCCGAGGUUGCCCUCUGCCUCCAGGGGUGGCUGUAGGCUGAGCUGCCGGUUCUUAACCCACACCCAGGUGCUACGUUCCUGAAGUGUUUGUAUCGGCAAGAGGUGGCGAAGAAGCUGGGGGGCGGGUGGGCAAAUCGAACUCUCCUCUCUUUGGAUCGCAGAAACGGGGAGGGACCAGCCCAGGUAUAAAGGUCCCUGCCUCGCUGGCUGCGUCUUCGAAAAGAGGAGGGUGAACUGGUGGUUUCUUGCUGUAUCGGCGCUUCUCGUACAGGAGUGAGGAAGAAUGAAGUGGGAAGGCUUCUAUUCCCUUGUGAUUGGUGUGAACCGCCACUCCACAGCCGUUGGCCGCAUCUGGCUCUCUGUAGUGUUCAUCUUCCGCAUCAUGGUGCUGGUGGUAGCUGCUGAGAGUGUCUGGGGAGAUGAGCAAGCCUCUUUCACCUGCAACACGCUACAGCCUGGUUGCAAGAACGUCUGCUAUGACCACUACUUCCCCAUCUCCCACAUCCGCCUGUGGGCCCUGCAGCUCAUCCUGGUGACAACUCCGGCUUUGCUUGUGGCCAUGCAUGUGGCAUACCAGCAGCACCAGGAGAAGAAGUUGUUAGUGAUGACAGGCCAUGGAGAUCCCAAGCACCUGGAAGAGGUCAAGAAACACAAGAUGCGCAUUUCAGGGUCCCUAUGGUGGACUUACGUUUGCAGCGUGGCCUUCCGCAUCAUCUUUGAAGGAACCUUCAUGUACAUCUUUUAUGUCAUUUAUCCUGGGUAUCAGAUGGUCCGUUUGGUCAAAUGCAACGAUUACCCCUGCCCCAACUAUGUUGACUGCUUUGUCUCGCGGCCCACGGAGAAGACAAUUUUCACUGUUUUCAUGCUGACCACCUCUGGUAUUUGUAUUGUCCUCAACUUGGUUGAACUGGUGUACCUGUUGGUGCGGGCAUGUGCCCGCCGCAGCCACCAAAACCCUAACCCAUCUUCAGGGAAGGGCUCCUUCCUGGGACACAAGCUGUCUGAGUACAAGCAGAAUGAAAUCAACCAACUGCUGACGGAACAAGACAGCUCCCUCAAGGACAUUCUCCGUCGCAAUUCAGGGGUACAAGAAAAAACUGACCGCUGUUCAGCCUGCUAAGGGUAUUGGGACCAUGGAGGUGGUGAUUGGUUGCAGCAGACCAAGACUGGGAAGAAAAUGUGGGACGUCUGUGAGUUGCUGUGGGUGGGAGCUGGCAGGGUCUUUCUUAUGAAGUUUCCUUGCAGUGCCUUAGGCCCUUCUACCAGCCUUCAUUUCCAUCACUGGCCCUGAUUAUUCUUUUAGCUCCCUGCUGUCAGCCUGCCAGCUGCCUAGAAGCACAAUCUUCCAUGGAUUUGAUAAGAAUUGUAUAGUUGCAGAACUUUCCAGCUGCAGAAUAUUUGCAAGGAGAUUUUAACUUAACCUCUGUAGCCCAUGCUGCCUGGGGAGAAUAGGGCAGGCAUGUUGACUUCCAACCAGAGCUUCCAAAGAAACCUUUCUUCCUUGUGUCCCACAUCACCUUGUGCUCAUCCUAAUCUUCUCCAAAAGGAAAAGAGGGGGAGGAAUCAGAAUAAUCUUACAUUGCAUAUAAUUUUGCUUUGUAAAUUCAGGAAGCAAAAUUUAGAUUUCCACACUGUACAUUUUGGAAUUUCACAGAACAGAAAUAAAUCACAAGGAUUCCUGCCAUCUUUCUACAGGGCUAUGGAUCAGCUACUUCAGUCUCUGUUUAUAGUCUGACACAGGGCUUUUUUGGUAGAAAAAGCCCAGCAGGAACUCAUUUGCAUAUUAGGCUACACUCCCUGAUAACACCAUUGUUUCACAUAGGGCUUUUUUGUAAAAAAAAAAAAAGCCUGCUAGAACUGCGUUCCUGCUAAAAAAAAAAAAAGCCCUAGCCUGGCACCUAAUGUCCAUCUUUUAUGUCCUGGAUCUGGGCUGGCAUAGCACAAGCACCAAAAGAAGAUGUCUCUGUGGAAUCUUUUCCCACCAGCAGGGCUCCUGUGUCUCUCCCCAGCAGGGUAGGGAGAAAUUCAAGAAGAGCCAUUUGCCUUGGUAGCAAUGACAGAAAGGAACCCCUCUUGAAUUUCUGCCAUUGGUGCAGGUGUAAAAACAGGGGCCAAUCCUAUGUCUUGGUUGCUGCUCUCAUUCGGCAAGGGAAGGGUGGGGAGGUUGCCAAGUUGGGGGCGGGAGCAAACAGCUCUUCUCUCAAGUUACACAUCCCUGUACCGAAGCAGUCAGUAUUAAAGGCUGAUUUUACAA